AUGCACAAACCCUCCAUCUCAAACCUUGUCUACAAGACCCUCUUUCCCCGACCACGACAAGGGGAUCCGACCACCUUCUCCGCUCACAUAAACCGCAAUCUCGUCCCUGAAGUUCGAAUCGAAACAGCCAACUUUUAUGGCGCCCUUGACUGUAUCGAAGCACAAUAUCCAGGUCUUGACUAUUCCCACGCCCCACAUCGCAGACGCCUUUCCCGCUUUCCCUGGCACAAGAAACUCUUCCGAGUGUUCGAUGAGUUAUGUCUGACCAGAAACGAGAUAUUAGGUCUAUGUCAGUGGGAAGGGACAAAGAGUGCAAAGGAAAAAUACGAGACGGAUGUGGGAAGGUUGAUCAGAGACACAACGAUGGAUGGCGUUGCCCCGGCUGCUCCAAGCAGGAGGCCUGUCGCCCACAUGAAUCCCGAUCUAAGAGGCUGGCGAGCGGCAGCAAGGCUCCCUCCGGGAGAUCAUCCACUCGUUGAAGAUGUGGAUGAAGUCGAAGCAAAUCAAGAAUCCGAUGGUGAUAUUGACAUUCUCUCUACGAGCCACGGCAACAGCCUUAACGCCCACCUACGUUCCGCGGCGGAGGCUCGAGCCAGAGGCGAAGGUGGUGUGGUCCCAAAUGAGCAAUGGGAGCAAUGGCUCAAAGAAGCAAUGGAGAGGAACGAAUUAGGCGUUGACGGUAUGCUGGAAGCAAUCAGGCAGGGAAGGCCUUUUGCCAUCAGUCCGAGUCACAUCAUCGACGCUACAGUACAUCCACCAGUUUUAAGCCUUGCAAACACGGUCUCGGAGACCCGGUCGAGUGCGCCCACGGCAGCCUCAGCGAUGAACGAUACGCAGAUCGCAAUAGCCAAUGUGUGGAAUCUUGGGAACCAGAUCGUAAGGAACGUCAAUGCGGGAAAUGCCAGCGAGUGCUCAGCCAGCUGGGGAAGCGAGAUAAGGAUUCUCGAUUAUGUGCAACCUCCUUCGCCACAACGUUGCGCAAAUAUCAGUUAG